AUGUUGAGAUGAGGACAGUUUAUUCAACAUUACUUAGUAACUAAAUAUACAUUAUUAGAAAUAUACGAGUUCUAAGAUGAUAACUAAACUUAAGCUGUCUCAGCUCUGCAGAGUGGCAGUCAUAUUGAAGCAGCUGUAGAUUUAAGCUACUCUUCAUACGUUUGGUCACCAAAUGUCAUUAAAGAGGACAAGCUUCACAAAGCUUAAUUUGAUCAUCGCAGGUGGAAGAAUUGCGCUUUUUAAGAGUGACCCCUCCUUAUGAUCAUUUUAUUUUCUAUCAUUUGAUUAAAUUAUUAAAAUUGGAAGAUGAUUAUUUCUGGGCGCCUAUGCUCCAAUCCAGCAGGCGGCGGUAAAACACCAAAAACUCUGUAAACUGCAAGAGAGAAGAAGAAUCAUAGCGUUAGCUGCUAGCUGUUAGCCGUUAGCUGAGCUCCGGGACAACGCGGCCUGCAGACCCGAAGAACCUGAGUGGUUCAGGCCGCUCUCAGGACCCUGUUGAGGAGCCGGUUGGAAUCAGAACCAGGCGGUCCUAAGGAAACAAAUGGUAAAACCCUGGACGUACGGGUGAAAAUAGACCAGACCGGAGGUGAACUCAUGGAAACCCUCACUGAGACCCCCGCUGUGCUGCAGCCCCGCUGGAAGCGGGUCCUAGGCUGGACUGGUCCGGUUCCGCGACCCCGGCACGGACACCGGGCUGUGUCCAUCAAGGAGCUGAUGGUUGUGUUCGGAGGAGGAAACGAGGGAAUCGUGGACGAGCUGCAUGUCUAUAACACAGCUACCAACCAGUGGUUCAUCCCGGCAGUUUGCGGCGACAUCCCGCCAGGCUGCGCCGCCUAUGGCUUCGUGUGUGACGGGACGAGGCUGCUGGUGUUCGGAGGGAUGGUGGAGUACGGCAAAUACAGCAAUGAGCUGUAUGAGCUGCAGGCCAGCCGCUGGGAGUGGAAACGUCUGAAGGCCAAAUCUCCAAAGAAGGGCUCGCCCCCAUGCCCUCGUCUUGGACACAGCUUCUCUCUGAUUGGCUCUCGAUGCUACCUGUUUGGUGGUCUGGCCAAUGACAGCGAGGAUCCUAAGAACAACAUUCCCAGGUACCUGAACGACCUGUACUGUCUGGAACUGAGACCAGGUUCCACCGUGGUUAGCUGGGAGAUCCCGCCCACAUCCGGGUCGCUGCCACCUCCCAGAGAGAGUCACACGGCAGUCAUGACGAACAGGGGCGGAGUCACCAGGCUGAUUAUCUACGGCGGGAUGAAUGGCUGCCGGCUGGGAGACCUGUGGGUUCUGGACGUAGACUCUCUGGUGUGGAGCCAAUCAGCUCUGAAUGGGACGCCUACUCUUCCCCGCAGCCUGCAUUCUGCCACCGUCAUCAACAACAAGAUGUACGUGUUUGGAGGAUGGGUUCCUCUGAUCGGGGACGACGUUAAAAUGGGGGCGCAUGAGAAGGAGUGGGAGUGUACCAACAAUCUGGCCUGCCUCAACCUGGAGACCAUGUGCUGGGAGACGGUUCUGAUGGAGAGCAACGAGGAGAACCUGCCCAGAGCUCGAGCGGGUCACUGCAGUGUGGCCAUAAACUCCCGACUGUACAUUUGGAGCGGCAGGGACGGAUACCGGAAGGCCUGGAACAACCAGGUGUGCUGCAAGGACCUGUGGUACCUGGAGACAGAAUGUCCUGUGGCUCCGUCCCGGGUACAGCUGGUCCGCGCCAACACCACCUCUCUGGAGGUGAGUUGGGGGCCGUCUAAGACUGCAGACAUGUACCUGCUGCAGCUGCAGAAGUACGACAUUCCGUCCACACCUGCUUCUGGCUCCACCCCUGCUGCAUCAGCACCAACCAGCCGUACUGUCCUGGCGCCUGGUGUUGUUCCAUCUUCUAACGUCUCAGCACCUGGAAGCCCAUCAGCUGCAAGCACCAAAAGUGCAUGUAGGUUUACCUGCACAGGUAGGUGUUUAGUUGUGCUUCUUGCUCACCCGGUGUUGUGUUUCUGAGCGGUCCUGAAGAUGGCAACAGCUCUAAGUGCAUCAGGGGGAACUGUCAGACUGAUCACAACCAAAACUCCCAGCACCAUGGCAACACGUCCUGCAGGUGUCCGUGCAGCGGUACCUGCUCCACCCGGUCAGACGCCAAUCAGCAGCAGUCCUCAGAUGAGUGGCAUGGCAGCACUGGCAGCGGCAGCUGCAGUAACUCAGAAGAUCCCUUCAUCUACAGCGACAGCCCUCUGCAUUCCUGCAGGGGGCAGCGCAGUGAACGUUGUGAACAGCUCGGCCACGCGCCUGCUCAAGAUGGCCGCGCCUCAGGUGGGUUGGGCUUCAGUUGUUUCCACACCUGGGACCUCACACCGGCCAAUCAUCACGGUGCAUAAGUCUGGCUCAGUGAUGGUCUCCCCGCAGCCUCAGGUGGGCGGUGCCACAAAGACCAUCACCAUCGUCAACAGUCCAAUUGGACUGGGAGGAGGCGGAGCUUUGAUCGGUAACCAUGGAAACCUGGGGAAGGUGGUGUCAGUGGUCCAGACCAGUCCAGUCCAGAGUGGAGUGGUAACUGGUCGGGCUGGGACCAGUCCGGUCACUCAGAUCCUUCAGACAAAGGGCGCUCUACCUGCAGGAACAAUCCUGAAACUGGUGACCUCAGCAGAUGGAAAGCAGACCGCCAUCCUGAGCACAGUUCAGGCUGGAUCCACAGCACUCAAACCAGCCGUCAUCAAGACCAUCCCAGUGUCAGCUCUCCAGGGAACAAUAGGUGGGAACGGUCAAAUUACCAUCCUGUCCACCAAGGUGGGAACUUCAGGAACUGAAACUUUAAUCAAUGCUAUCCCCAAGAUGUCUGCAAGAAGUCAGCAGGGGGUAACACAGGUGGUGCUGAAAGGAGCUCCUGGGAUGGCUGGUACCACCCUCAGAACCGUCCCGAUGAGCGGACUCAGGCUGGUUUCUCCAGCAACUGGUGGUACCAAACCUGCUGUCACCACGCUGGUUGUCAAGGGAACCACAGCAGGGGUCUCCAGUCUGGGGACGGUAACAGGAAGUGUCUCCACUGCCUUGUUGGGUGGAGCCAAUGCCUCUUUGACCACACCCAUCACUACUCUGACAGCCAUUGCCACAUUGGCCAGCCAGGUUACUACGGCAACCGCCCCCAGCUCAGGACCCAGACAGGUGACUCUGAUUACAACACCUAGUGGUGCUGAGCCACAGCCGCUGGUCCAGGACCUGCCCGUCUCAAUCAUGGCCUCUCCUACUUCAGAGGAUCCAGGAAGUACUACAGGUACUACUACAACCACGAAUGCUGAGGGAGACGCAGCCACAGCAGUGACUUUGGUCUGUUCCAACCCACCCUGUGAGACCCAUGAGACUGGUACCACCAACACCUUCACCACAGCUGGAGCUGGAGGAGUCCAGCAGGUGUGCUCAAAUCCACCAUGUGAGACCCAUGAGACCAGUACCACCAAUACCAACACUGUGACCUCAUCAAGAAUGAACCAGCAGCUGCAGGUGUGCUCUAAUCCACCCUGUGAGACCCAUGAGACCGGUACCACCAACACCGCCACCACAGCUACAGCGCAGCAGAGUGGAGACUCUACAAACUCCAUCUUCUCAUCUGAUCCUACCUCUGCUGUCAGUCAGAGCACAGCAGCUACCAUAGUGACACAUGCCAGGCCCAUACCAGGUCCAUCUCUGCCGCAGGAAAUCUCCUCAUUGGUUGGAGCUGACAGGGUGGAGGCCUCAGAGACCCUAACCAUGGUGAUAGGAGAAGGGGAAAAGCCAACACUGGCACACAGCCAAUCAGAGGUCAUGAUGUCAUCAGGAGUGUCAUCGUUACAGGUUCAGAUGGCAUCUUCAGAUGGAGGUCUUCCUCAGCAGCUGAUGUCAUCAGAGGGGUGUAGAAGUGAAGAGGUUUCCAGGACGAUGACCUUUGAGCUGACAACAGGUCUGGUCUCAGAUCAGCUGGCCGUUACCAUGGCGACCGAGGGAGCAGCACAGCCAGUGGCUCUACAUGCAACUGGGACCAUUGGUGAGGCUAACCGAUCACAUGAUCAGGCCGUCCCCAUCGUUCUGACGCCACAGGAGCUGGCAGCGCUGGUCCAACAGCAGCACGAACCAGAACCCAGCAGUGUGCCCACAGAGGGCCUUGCUCCGGCCGAUAGCCUGAAUGACCCGGCCGCAGAGAGCCAAGGACACCAGCCCGCCACCUCAGCUGUGAUUAGCGCUGUUGCCCGAUUAGCCAGCACAUUUGGCCCUGCCCCUUUGGUGACAGUCGGCCAGAUGAGGAGCACGGCGGUUGCCACGCCAACGGAAACCACCAACGGCAUCACUGAGCCCGCCACAGAACACACCAUUCAGCUAAAGCCGGUACCGCAGGAGAACCCAUGGUUUGAUGUUGGCGUCAUGAAGGUCACCAAUGCCGUUGUCACGCAUUACCACAUCCCCCAUGACGACAACAUGACUGAAGAUGACUCUUGUGUGGUUCCGGAUUACAGUCGGAUGAAGAGGGUGGAGCUUCAGCCAGGAACUGCCUAUAAGUUCCGGGUGGCAGGGAUCAAUAUUUGUGGCCGCGGUGUCUUCUCCGAGGUGUCGGCAUUUAAAACAUGUCUCCCUGGAUUCCCGGGGGCUCCGUGCGCCAUCAAGAUAAGCAAGAACCUGGACGGGGCCAAGCUCACCUGGGAGCCCCCCGCUGUCACAGCAGGUAACAUCACAGAAUACUCUGUGUACCUGGCCAUCCAGUCCAACCAUCCCAAGCCUCCUGGGUUGGGUCCGGCUCAGCUGGCUUUCAUGAGGGUGUACUGCGGCCCUGACCCAUGCUGCCUGGUUCAGGCUUCCAGCCUCGCCAACGCCCACAUCGACUACACCACCAAGCCUGCCGUCAUCUUCCGCAUCGCCGCCCGGAACCAGAAGGGCUACGGGCCGGCCACGCAGGUCCGAUGGCUACAAGAAACCAGUAAAGACUCCAAACAAGCUCUGAAGCGAAGUGGAGUUUCUCAGGGCAAGUAAGAACUGACACCCAGGACAGAUACCAGAAUCUCACCUGACAGAGAUGGACAUCAUGUUUCACCAGAACCUGAGCUCCCCAAUAAUGGACCUUGGUUUUGGUUUCAUUUAGGCAGGUUUCAUUGAUCAGCUGAGACCAAUUAAUGAGACCAAUGGAGGAUGGUGUCGGUGGUCCAACCCAACUGGCACCUGCUCAGGAGGUUCUCAAAACUCCUCAAACUCAUUAAGUCUGUUUCUGGAAGCGUCUGGUUACAUCAAUCCGUUCUUGAUAAGAACGACAGACUGAAGGUUCUGAAUGAAUUUGUGGCUCUGGAGCUCCUCUGUUAUAUUGAGUGAUGUUCUGGUCCAAACUGUGUUGUCGUUCGAUGCAAAGAAACAGAACAGGUACCUUCCUGCUGGUCCAUUUGUGUUCCUGACGUUUAACAUUUAGAACACCAGAACAGAAGCAGAACUUGGAAUGACUGUUUUUGCAUUAGGAUCCAUUCCCUUCAGAACUCUUGGACUCCUAGCCUGAUGUGGGCGGAGCUAAGAAACAACCGGUGUGUUCAGGUGAAGUCCGCUGCGUCAGGACUGUUUUCUUGAAGUUCAUACUUUGGGGUGGGGCCUCAGUUGUAGGUGGAGCCUAAAAUGUGGGUGGGGCUCUGCUGUAAAAUCUUUUUUUUUUUUUUUCAAACUUUAAUAAAACAAGUUUGUUUUUUAGUUUUCUUUUUGUUAAUGACUGAGCGCCCUCAUUAGUUCGUUUGGUUUGUGCUGAUGUUUGUUAAUAUUCUCAGGAACAAUAAAGAUUUUUUUACUGGU